AUGACACCAAAAAAUAUCUUAGGUGAAGAGCUUCCAGAUCGUCAGCCGAGCCCACCCUUUACUCCUUAUCCACCAGAUGAGACGUGCACUUUGAACUAUGGAAACGAAGCUGCCUCAGCGAAUGCGCCGGGGGAUGGAGGAGAUGCGCCACCGGGGUCAGUGACUGAAACCCUUAAGCUUUUGAAAAGGCUGGGGUACCCCGAGUCCCAAGAUGUCUACAAGUCCAGCGCUAUGCUCACCAAAGUGAACACAGCGUUAACCAAACGAAUGGGGAAACUGGAAGCGGCCAAAGAGUCCCUGUUGGUGCCUGGGGUCGUGGAAUCCCAGUUGUCCAAGAAGACUGUGAUUCCCAAAGCACCCGUCGCGAAAGCUGCUCCCAAUCGACCUGCACCCAAAGCCAAGCCAGCUGCAAAGCCAGCUUGUGCAAAAGCAGCGGCAAAGUCAGAGCCAGACGGUGACAAGAAGCUGCUCAGUGCGAUGCAGCAGCUUACACAAGGUUUACUGAACUUUUUGGGAAUCAUGCACUCCCAUGAUUUGUGGCUCCCAUUGGGCUGUUGUGGGCUCAUGUGGAAAGAAGGGCUGAAAGCUCUGCGAUGCUACAGUUUUUGCGCGAAAAAGGCGAACCCUUCAACGCUACGGAGUAGCAUUUGUUUCUCGACUGAGAAAGAUGAAAAGAAACAGGAAGAAAUGAAUUUGUUGCGAGUGGAUGGGCGAGUUCCUACGAUGCAGCUCUGGUCCACGCCCGACAACCAGGCCUCCAGUCAACCCUGGAGGUGGCUUGGGUGGUACUGGACACCAGAUGACUUGGACUCGGUCUGGGUUGGUCCGGUGCCGGGGGGCAUGCCCAUCGCAAGUGACCUUGUGAGAGGUCGAAGCGUCUGGUGGUUGACCAGGGAGCAGCUCACUGCUGCAGAGAGGAGAGCAAGCGACUUCACCACAAACCACAUGCCGGUGGUCAAGGCUGACGUAGCAUCCGAUGCUCAAGCCUUGGCAUGGGCGGAGUUGAUGGUGAUGGGUUCGAACAUCCCAGUCCACUGGCAUGGAAGGGUUCGACCGGACUACUCGGUCCAGCCGGACUGGGCCUACGCGGUCAUCCAACAGCUUCUCGAUCUCCAAGUUUUUUUGGAGGUCGGGAAGAACGGCACUGAAGCCAACGCCUCUGCAGUGGUUCAGGCCUGUUUAGAUGCCCUGGGCGAUGAUGAGACCCAGACACCUCCGGCAGAUUGCCUGGCCUGUGUGACACAGGUCUUGGCAAGCCUCUUGCACCGCCGGCAGCAGGUAGCGACGGCCAUUGGCACCGCCGGGUCUCAGGCGCUCUUGAAGAAGCUGCACGGAUGGUGUAUGGCCAGUAUCGAUUUCGAGAAAUCUGCCAAAGAGCGUGGUUAUCGUUUGCUGCAUGCAAGUGGCAGGGCUCCCGUCUCACCAGGCGUGGGCGAGCCCUUGUUGGCUCCAGCCAGUUGGUACACACCUGUGAUGGUUUGUGCGCAUCAGCUGCUGUCUAAGGCAGAGCUGGUCAAGCUGCGAGACUCUGGACAGGCGCUGGAUGCGGAGAUUCAACAACUCUGGGUG